AUGGUAUCGAAUACUAUCCUGUUGGUGCUGUUCACCACCUUCGUCGUCUUGCACGCAACUGUUGCCAAGGAGGAGGCUGCCGUUGACCCAGAUGCCGGUCUCAAUAUCGUGCAAAUCAUUCAAGCCCGAGGAUACGCCGUCGAGACGCACAAGGUCACGACUGCAGACCGCUAUGUGCUCACGAUGCACCGUAUCCCCAAAAGCUACGCCGAAACCCAAACGGGCUCUGCGGCUGCAGCUAACAAGCCGGUGGUCUACAUGCAACACGGUCUGCUGGACAGUUCGUACACAUGGGUCCUGAACUACCGCAACCAGAGCUUAGCGUUCAUCCUUGCUGAUCUCGGCUAUGACGUCUGGCUGGGUAACAACCGAGGUAACACGUGGUCGAAGCAGCAUUUGGACUACACCUCAGCCGACGACGAGUUCUGGGACUUCACAUGGGAGGAUAUGGGAAACUACGAUCUCCCCGCUAUGAUCAACUACGCUCUGAGUGUAUCCGGACGAUCGACGCUUAGCUAUAUCGGCCAUUCGCAAGGGACCACACAGGCGUUCGUCGGGUUUUCCAACAACCAGGAGCUCGCCAAGGUAGUGUCCUACUUCGGAGCGUUCACACCCGUUGCUUGGACGGGAGCUGCUACAUCUCCGAUCCUUGUCACUCUAGCAAAAACCUACGUGGACUCGUGGUUCCAACACUUUGGAGUGAACGAGUUCAGUCCGAACAACCCCGUCCUUCAAAACGUAUUGGGCAAGUAUGCCUGCGCCUGGGCAGGUGUCGUGUGCGACGGCUUCAUAGACUUGAUCGGUGGGCCCUCGAACAACAUCAACGCUUCGCGUGUACACGUAUACGUGACUCAAACGCCUGCCGGUAGCUCAGUCAAGAAUAUGGCUCACUAUGCUCAAGGUAUCCGCGACAAUACCUUCGCUGCGUACGACUACGGAUGCAGUUGCCUCCGUAUUUUGGGUAUUGGUCUAUGCUCGACUUUAAUCUGCGAGAACAAGGCCAAGUACGGCAGUUUCGACCCACCGGCAUACCCCAUUCAUAAGAUGGUGUAUCCGCGUACGGGAUUCUACAACGGUGCACAAGAUACUUUGGCCAGGAAGGCAGACAUCGACAAGCUGCGUGCUGGAUUACCGGAUGGCGCUAUCGUGUACGAUAAGACCAUUGACUUUGGACAUAUUGAUUACACGUGGGCGCAUAACGCUCGUGAACACGUCUACGACGAUCUCAUUGCGCAGAUCCAGCUCUACGAAGGUAAAAGCUACUGAGUACAGCCCAUCAACCUGACAUCGAUGUGUAGCGAAGUUUAAACAAUGGAACGUUCAUCUUUCUUGUCG